ACCCUACUGUGUUGAGUGCUGGCUUAGCUGAUGUGCAGCUAGGGUUUAUUAUUAUUGUGGAGAAAAUUGAUUUGCUGUUUGCUACAAUCGUAGAGAAAAAUGGGAAAUUCUCGAGCUCAAGUAAACAAGGCUCAUAAAACUCGUUUUGCUUCCAAAUCCUCUCGUAAUGUUCACAAAAUUUCUUCAAAAGAUAAGAGCAAAAUUGCGAAACCUGAUCGCAAUCUCAUCAAGGGAGCCCGGGCAGCUCGGCUUCAGCGUAAUAAAAUGAUGAGGGAGCAGAAAAGAGCUGCCCUUUUACAGGAGAAAAGAGCUUCAUCCGGAUCAAAUAGUCCUCCCCGAGUUAUUGUUCUGUUUGGUCUAUCUGAAUCAGUUGAUCUUAGUGCGCUUGAACAAGAUCUUCUGAAGCUACUGUCUGCAGAUGGAAAUGGUGUUCUGUUUCCGGCAGUUGCUUCCUCGGAAUAUAAGUUGAGAGCAACGGUCUUAAAAGCACCUCAUGGUGAUGUCUUGACAUGUAUGGAGAUGGCCAAGGUUGCUGAUUUAAUUGCUUUUGUCACAUCUGCAAGUUCCUCUAAUGAAGAAGAUUGUCAUAUAGAUGCAUUUGGAUCUCACUGCCUUUCGGUCUUUAGAGCCCUUGGUCUUCCUAGUACUGCAGUGCUGAUUCGUGAUCUGCCCAGUGAGUUAAAAAAGAAAAAUGAUUCAAAGAAGGCAUGUGCAUCUAGCCUGGCUUCUGAAUUUCCAGAGGACUGCAAGUUUUAUCCAGCAGAUACAAAGGAUGAGUUGCAUAAGUUCUUAUGGCUUUUUAAGGAGCAAAGGCUCUCAGUACCUCAUUGGCGUAAUCAACGGCCAUAUCUAAUGGCUCAAAAGGUCGACAUAUUAGCUGAUAAUUCCAUUUCAGGAAAAUGUACACUCCUCCUCUCUGGUUAUAUUCGUGCUCGUAGCCUGUCUGUGAAUCAGCUGGUUCACAUAACAGGUGCUGGAGAUUUUCAGUUAUCCAAGAUUGAAGUUCUCAAGGAUCCAUGUCCCCUGAACGUGAGAAAAGGGGACUUAAUGGAUUCUGAUGAUAUGAAUGAGACACAGGUCGUCAGUUGCUUGAUUCCUGACCCUAUGAAGCAAGAGCCUUUACUUGUUGAGAAUGUCCCUGAUCCAUUGGCUGGAGAGCAGACAUGGCCUACUGAAGCAGAAAUGGCUGAAGCAGAAAGAAAUCACGAGGAAAGAAAGCUGAAAAGGAAAACUCUUCCUAAGGGCACUUCUGAAUACCAGGCUGCUUGGAUUGUAGAAGAUUCAGAUGCUGAUGUUUCUGAGAGCGAGAAUGAAGAAGAUGAUGGUAUGGUCUUGGACGAAGGGGAGAAUGCCUUUAAUAGCCAAGGGCGUAUGGAUGAAUUUGAGCUCGAUGAUGACCAGGCUUCUCUAUCACUCGAGUCAGAUGAAGAAACUGAGACUCAUUCUAUGAUGAUGGUGGGUAUACCUAUGAGCAUAGACAUGACUAUUAUUUUUCCAUUUUUGGCCUUGUAGCAUAUAAGUAAAGCU